AUGAAUAUGAGCGAGGCCAAUAGUAACAUGCAGAAUCAAUAUUAUGAGCAAGAAUUAGCAGAAGAAGAUGUUAAAGUAAGUAUUUUUCACAUUUUUUACAAUGUUAUAUAUGAUUUUAAAAUGUAUAGUAGGAUAGGGCAGGGUAGGGUAGGGUACAAUAGGGUAGGGUAGAAUAGGGUAGGGCAGGGUAUUAAACAACUUUAGAAAUUGCUUUAGCACACCAAAACUCUUAAAACAAGGCUAAAAACCCUCUGGAAAAUUAUCAAGUCUUACCAAAUCAGAAUGGAAAUUGUUAUACUGGCUAUUUCAAUAUGCGAUACUGCUCGAAUUGUCAUCACGCCAACCUUAAUGGACGAAAAAGUACGACGAGUGUACGAAGUGCCAGACGUUGUUGACAAUAGUACUGACUCCAUAAACAAGUUCUUCAAUCAAAAAAUUGUGUUAUGGGAUCAGAAUUACAAUUAUGUCAAUUUACCAUUGACAAUAGCUGCUACCAUCUUUUUUGGUAGGAAUUUUCUUUACAAAAGUAAAAACCGUAUUUUAGGUUCCUUUAGUGACCAAAAUGGGCGCAAAAUCCCAAUGAUAUUCGGCUUAAUCGGCAUGCUAAUGGGUAAUAUGGUCUAUAUUUCUGUUUGGUGGUACAAAACUGACUUUGCUUUACAAUGGCUAUUUUUGGCUGCAGUUUUAAAUGGCAUUACUGGAGGCUUUCGAAUGGUGACAUCUUCUGUCAACGCUUAUUUGAGUGAUCAGUUCGAAAUCAAAACUGUGGUGGGUCUAGAAUAUUUUGAAGUUUUUAAAAUUAUUUUUUGAUCAUAAAAUAGCAAGAACUUUCUUUACAAAGCAAAAAAUGGCAAGAACUUUCUUUACAAAACAGAAAAUGGCAAGAACUUUCUUUACAAAGCAAAAAAUGACAAGAACUUUGUUUACAAGAUGAAUAAUAAUUAGAAUUUUCUUUACAAAACAUACAAUAGCAAGAACUUUCUUUACAAAACAAAGAAUGUAAAAAACUUUCUUUACAAAACAUACAAUGGCAAGAACUUUUCUUACAACCACAUUUUUUCUAAAUUUUGAAAAAUUUUUUAUCUUUAGUACGUUUAACUUAAAAUUUUAAAAUUUUGGCUUUAUAGCUCUCGAUUCGAAUGUUAAUAACCUACACAAUACUAAACGUGGGGGACCUAAUUGGUUCUCAGCUGACAAAACUAAUAACUCAUCAUUUUGACGAACUUUGGGCCGCCUUUUUUAUGCAAAUUGUCAAUAUUCUAAUAUUGGUUUAUGUCAUUUUCGUGGUAAAAGACAUCAAUCGACCUUAUCAUGAAUACGAUUUGGUAAAGAUUGCCAAAGAUGGUGUAUAUUCUCUGUGGUCUUCGAUUAAACUGGUACUGCGGAAACGAAAAGGCAAUUUCAGGCUGUUACUAUGGUUGACAUUUGUUUGUGUACUGAUUAAUCGAAGUGCAUUUAAUGAGGAAAAAGAUUUGAUUGGAGUUUACACCAAGCUUGGGCCGUUUCACUGGACCACUGAAGACUUUGCUGUCUACAAGUCUUAUCGACCGUUUGUUCGUAAGGCUUGAUUUUUAAGGGUGGGGUUGAAUAGGGUUGGGUAGGGUGAAUAAGGCGGAAUAGGGUAGGUUAGUGUAGGGUAGGAAAAUCUAUAAUUUAGUUUUAUAAAAUACGCUUUACCUUCUUUUCAUUACCCACAUACGCUAAAUUUUCUUUGUUUUCCUCCCGGUAUUUUUUGGUCUCUUCUCUCUCCCUCUUUUCUGUUUCGGGAAACCCAGUCAAAACCCAAGUUCUCUUUUUAUAACUUGGAAUUAGGUCUUCUAAGUCUUCGAAGUUUCUACUUCCAAAAAAGGUUGGUAGUUUAUCCAGCUCGCUUUGGCGUGGCUGAAUAUUACAAAUUUUGGAACGCUUGACUAUUAGGUUAAGCUUAUAUUUUCACUAAAAAAUUUUAAAAAAUAUUUUUUUAUUUGGAAAUGAAAAAAAUGCAAAUUAGACACACAAUGUAAUUACUAUGAAGGUUAAACGCAUCUUUUUUAAAAAUUUCACAUCAGGGUAGGAUGGGUAUAACAGAGUAAAGUACGAAAAUCUAAAAUAUAGUUUUAUAAAAUACGAUUUGUAUACUUUUGCUCAUCAACACCACGAUAAAUGUUAUCUUUUUCUCUCCCACUAUGCUUUGGUCUCUAAUCUCUCGCUCUUUCGAGGGACCCAGUCAAAACGCAAGUUUCGCUUUUAUGACUUAGAAUAAGGUCUGUUGAGACUUCGAAGUUUCUACUUCCAAAAAGGUUAGUAGUUUAACCAGCUCACGUUGGUGUGGCUGAAUAUUACAAAUUUUGGAAUGCUUGACCAGAAGGUUGGGCUUAUAUUGUAGGUAAAGAUUAACAAAAAAUUGUUUUUUAUACUUUUUAUUUAUAAACUGGUAUGUGAAAAUGAAAAAUAACCAAAUAGUUAAGGGUAAAAAAGUGUUGCUUUUAGGCUUAACACACGCAAUUUUAUAGAAUUUAAAAAUGUGCUUUAAAGGACUGGGCGUAUUGUAUGAACAUUAAACUAAUUUUAAAAAAUUUUUUUAUAGGGUAUAAAAUACGAUUUGUAUACUUUUGCUCAUCAACACCACGCUAAAUGUUAUCUUUUUCUCUCCCACUAUGCUUUGAUCUCUAAUCUCUCGCCCUUUCGGGGAACCCAGUCAAAACGCAAGUUUCCCUUUUAUGACUUGGAGUAAUAUUCUCUGAGUCUUCGAAGUUUCUACUUCCAAAAAGGUUAGUAGUUUAACCAGCUCGCUUUGGCGUGGCUGAAUAUCAAGAAUUUUGGAACGCUUGACCAGAAGGUUGGGCUUAUAUUUUUAGAAAAAGAAAAAAAAUUGAAUUGUUUAUUUAGAACAGGCAUGGUAUGAUGAUAGGGUACGUUACGGUAAGGUACAAUAAGUUCUAGUGCAACCUUAGUUUUAUGUUUCAGAAAUACUUGGCCUACUAAUUGGACUGUUCGUCUUCAAAAACUGGCUAAAGUUGAAAGAUACCACAGUAAUAAUUCUGGCUACCUUAUCUAUGGGAUUGGAUUCUUUGCUAAUUGGAUUGGCUCAAAGCUCCACAUUGAUCUACAUUUCUCUUGUAGCUGGAAUAUUACAUGCUUUGACAAAUCCGUUGAUUUUUACGCUUUAUAGCUGUUUGGUUAGUCCUAGUGAGGUGUGUUUGUUAUUAUGUUGUAGUAAAAUUGAGGGCAGGACUGGGCGGGUGGCUUCUACUUUUUAUUUUUAUUGUGGGUGGGGGGGGCGUGGGGAAGAAGAAGCUGGGGGUAAAAAACCAAAAAAAAAAUUAACGGGCAGGGUAACUUUUAAAUAAAUUGAAGGGGUGUUAAAAUACGUUUCUUUAAAAAGUCAUUUUCAGACUGGUCGAGUGUUUGCGGUCGAUUCAGUUAUUCAAAACGUGUCAACACUGAUUAAAGUAGUAGUAUUGCAAAACUUAUAUGUGGCAACUAUUAAUUGGUACCAAGGCUUUAUAUGGCUACUGUUAUCAUCCAUGGCUUUAAUUUCUAUGAGUAUUAUGACGGUGAUACAUGUUUUAUAUAAUAGAGAUGUAGACGGUCGAUAA